AGUUACCUCCGACAGUUUGCAGAGGUCGGAUCUUCACCGUGCGAGCGCGCUAGUGAUUGUUUUGUGUUUCGGUUUCUUGAUUACUGACUGAUUGUGAUCGUGAAUAUUCUGUGGCCGCAAUCCGCUUUUUUGUUCCACUUUAAAUUUCUAGUUAGUGCCAAAUUCUGCAGAUAAUUUUCCCCCGAAAUGAUCUCAAAUCGUACAUAACUGUAAUUCAUCGUUUCGAGUUCAAGUGCGCUAAGAAUCUAAAUUUUAGUCGGUGACCGUCUGUUCGGAUACGAUCGCGAAAUCAAAAGUGAAAAAGGGGCGUUCUUGAUGCAAUCCCACCUCUGUAUCUCGACAAUAUUUCACCUACAUCAUUAUAUUCCCUUCCCUACAUUUUAAUUCUAUUUUCUUCGUAAGUUUUACGUUCAAGGUGAGCUAGAUUCCGUACUUAGAUGGGAAAAAUACAUUUGAAAAUAUGCUAGUCACCUGCUGAGUGAAAGGUAGUGCACUCGGUCGGAUCCUGGAUUAAAUCACAGCAGUGUUCCGUUGGAUUCGUAUUUUUCCAUCAACAGUUUCAAGUGAUAUUGUGAUGCAAGUACAAGUGUACAAAAUUGGAAUAACUUCACCUUAGUGAGCUGGAGCUGUGAAAAUGUUAAAUGCACUUACAUUAAAUGAGACAAGGCGUGAUUAUACCCGUGUAAAAUCUGCGGAGUUGACGAUGAUGGCCAGUUCGCUGAACGAGAUCAGCGAAAACACAGCGUUGGCCCGCGAGAUGGCGUUGAUGGGCAACUACGACACGGCCGGCGUUUACUACCAGGGCGUCAUACAAAUGCUCCAUCGGCUCCUCACCUCCAUCCAUGACCCCACGUGGAAAAACAAGUGGCAAUUGUUACAACAUCAGCUAGCAACAGAGUACGAACAGCUAAAAGCAACUAGCAGUGUCCUAAAGCAGAUUCGCUCAGACCCUACAGAUAGGCCAAUAAAUUCAAAUCACAAAUUUUUCGGAACAGGUGGCUUUGAUGAUGUAUCAUGGCUGGGUUCCCCCAAACCAAUCGAUCCAUGGCCUGCCUACAAUAGGGACCCUGACGUCUGGCCUCCUCCUGAUCGGGAUCCUGAUGUGUGGCCUGCUCCAACGCAUGUCGAUCACAGGAUAAACAGUAAUCACAGUACCAAUAGUAAUACCAGAGCAAAAAGUUCUAAAACUAAUAAUACUAAAACGACCACCACCAACCGGUUUAGUCAGAAAAACAAUACUUCUGCGACGAAGAAGAAUGAACCUCGAUCUAAUACUAAGAAGACUGAUGAUAGGAAGAAUGGCUCCGUUAGGAAUUCCUAUAAUUCCCACAAUAGUUCUCAAAGUUCUGAUAAAGAUAAAGAUCACAAAUCUAAUAACUCAGAUUCUCAGGAAAAAUCUGACAAAGAGAAAGAUUGCACUGAAGAAAGGCGGUUUGACCCAUCAGGGUAUGAUAAUGAUCUAGUGGAAAUGUUAGAGCGUGAUAUAGUGCAACAGAACCCGAACAUUCGUUGGGACGACAUAGCAGAUUUGAAUGAAGCCAAGAGACUACUAGAAGAGGCUGUGGUCCUUCCUAUGUGGAUGCCAGAUUUCUUUAAAGGCAUCAGGCGACCUUGGAAGGGAGUUCUCAUGGUCGGACCACCAGGAACUGGUAAAACUAUGUUAGCAAAGGCUGUGGCUACUGAGUGCGGUACAACAUUUUUCAAUGUUUCUUCAUCCACGCUAACAUCCAAGUACCGCGGAGAGUCAGAAAAACUUGUCAGGCUUCUUUUUGAAAUGGCACGAUUUUAUGCACCUUCCACCAUAUUUAUAGAUGAAAUAGACUCAUUGUGUUCGAGAAGAGGUUCUGAGUCUGAGCAUGAAGCAAGUAGGCGUGUCAAAUCCGAAUUGCUGGUGCAGAUGGAUGGGCUAAGUUCCUCAGAGGAUCCAGGGAAAGUGGUCAUGGUGUUAGCUGCAACCAAUUUCCCGUGGGAUAUCGAUGAAGCAUUAAGACGGCGGUUAGAAAAGAGGAUUUAUAUCCCGUUACCAAAUAGCACUGGUCGUGAGGCUUUGCUGAGGAUCAACCUUAGAGAAGUGAAAUUAGAGGAUACUGUUAACUUAAAAGAAAUUGCGAUUCGUCUGAGAGGAUACUCAGGAGCUGACAUCACAAAUGUUUGCAGGGAUGCAUCAAUGAUGUCGAUGCGAAGGAAAAUAGCAGGUUUGAAGCCAGAUCAAAUUCGGCAGCUUCCAAGAGAAGAAUUAGAUCUUCCUGUCACAAUGCAAGAUUUCAUAGAAGCCAUAUCAAAAUGUAACAAAAGUGUUUCGAAAGAAGACCUAGACAAAUAUGAAAAGUGGAUGAGCGAAUUUGGCUCAACAUGAUAAAGGAGAGGAGUUAUUAUACCCUCUUCACUGUGAUUCCUGAAACUUUCUUCAUUUGAUUCCUGCAACAAAUAUUCUUGAAUGAUUUCGUUUUUUUUGAACGUGCUCAAAUUUUCUAUAAUUUUCUCAAUGUUUCAAAUUGCGAACUGUUUCUCCUCUUUCCUUUUUAUAUUUUAAUUUAUUUCUUCCUUUCCAGCGGUCAAAUUUUAAUGGCUGCUCUUAUUUAAUUUUAUUGUCUUUAACCCACUGGCUGUCUCUCAGUCGGUACAGCCUGACUUAAUUUAAUCAAAUUUGGGUGUUACAUUCUAUCAAUCCAAUUAAUCUGUGAUCAUGCUGAAAACGAUUUUAUUUCUCUGUAGUAAGCGGUCAUACAUUGAAGUUAAAUCGUUGUUUGACUGUAAUAAUUCUCAGUCUCCAUUCUGUAGCAAAACUCCUCUCAUCACUUAUUCUCAAUUUGUUUGUCGUUUCAAAUUUUAAAAUCAUUUUUCCGUACUUUUUUCCCUAGUAUCCUUCAAAAUUUAAAGCCUGUCAAUGGUAUACAAUCGUCAUACAGCUUUCAGUGUAAUGUUUUGCUUUUUUUAAAUUAAGUUGCACCUCAAGUAAAAUGCUUCUGAUAUGGACUGCUCAAAAUGUUUCACAAUAGUUUUGAAUCACUAAUCUAUACUUCCAUUCCAUCUACACUUAUUUAUCUCAUAUUUUUUUUUAAUCUAAUAAUUACUGGAAUUCCUAAAUACUUUGAAGUAUUUUCUUCGUCGAUCAGUAAAAUUCUUAAACCCAAAAUGUUUCAAGUUUACAUAUUCUUGACAACUCACUCUAUAUCCUAAAUAUUGUGAUCUUGUCAAAGCUUAAUUUUAGUGCUCAAGUUGUGACAAUAAUCAAAUUUAGUGUCAAGGUUGCAAACAAUUACCGUGCUAAUUUUUACUGUCCUAUGUUUUUGUUGCUUAAUGUUAGAGGACAUGAACAUGACUUAUUGAUCAAGUCGAUGUGUUUUCUCUGAAAUCUGUUUUGAAGCACACUUGCAGACUCUAAAAUAAAAUUAAGAAAAAAAAAAAGAAAAAAAUCAUUGUUACUUCAAAAUUUCAAGAAAAUUCAUAAUACUGGCAAGUGAUAGCUGUUUCUAUCUAAAUAACAUGUUUAAGUAUGUUUGUUUUUUUCUCUCUCUCUCUCUCUAUUUAUAAUGGUUCUUAAAUUGCUAUUUGAAGGCAUUGUUUUAUUCCACAUUUUGACAGAAAUCAGCUAACAUUGUAGUAAAUGACAUUAAACAGCUUCCAGUCGCUAUCUCAGGAAUGUUUACUUGUCUGUCCAAAAGCAAUAUUGUUCUUCAGUCAUAUCAGUUGUAAUGUGGCCUGAAGAUAUUCUUGCCUCCCCCCCCCCCAAUUAAUUCAAGUUGAUGGUAAAGUGAUUGUAAAUGCCAUACGAUUAUUUAUUAUUUUGUGAAAGACUGAUUCCAAUGAUUGUGAAAGGCAAGAAAUUUUAGCAAAUGGAGACAUUUGCAGAUUACUGCUGAAAGCUGUUACAAUUCUGAAUAAUUUUCGGCAAUCAGGUAUUAAAGAUAACUUAUUCAAAUUUUCUUCCCAUUCCUCAAAAAUCUAGUCCAAUUUCUAUGAAAUGAAGGUGAAAAUGGAAAAUUGGAGAUUUAUAAAUUACCUUAUUUGCUUCUUAGUUCAUGUUAGGGUUUCUGAGAUAUUUUAGCUUCUAAAUGUUGUAACUUGAAAAUAAAGGGAGAUACAUUUUUUUUGAUCAAAAGAGAAGCAACAGAAAUCCGAUACGAGACCCCUUCCCAGUUUUCUUGUCUUUGGACCAGCCACUUGUAUUCACCAAGAUAAUUCACUCGUAUGUACAAUUUUUUCUGCAGUCUAUUUUGUGAAAUCUUCUAAAGUUCUUGAUUUUCUCCUCUCUGCAGUUUCCUAUAGCAUUUGUACUUGUAAAAAAAAGAUAGGGACAGAUGGGAAAACACCCAUUCAUUGUUUUGUUGUUGCUAUAAGAUAGUCUAAAGCUCUUAACAGCACACGUUAAAGCAAUUCCAUCAUAGUUCAUGGUUAUUUCUGAUAUUACUGUUAAACAAAGAAACUCACACCUUUUUUUUUCUCCUUUUUUUUUUGGUUUCAAAUAAUCAUAGUGUAUUCUAUACAUUCGAGACAUCAUGUAUUUUGAGUUAAUCUGAAGUUAGAAUCAAAAUUUGAGUAUUGGCAUAAGCUUUUUCCAUUGUGAAUUUGUUGAAUUGUAAGUCUUUGAGAAAAUGAACCUCCUAGUCGCAUCCUUUUCAGUCUUGGAAUUAUUCCUAAUAUUGUGAAAAUUUACAUUUUUAAAAUCUAUCCCAAGGACUGUAUAAUUAAAGCCUCCAGUAAAUGAAGGAAGUGAAUAAUUUCCUUUAAAUACUCAAAUUAUUGAUGGUUUUGAAGAAAGCUUAUCUUGAAAUAAAUUUUAUCGUGAAAUUGACGUAAAAAAUGAAGUUUUCACCUCUGCAACAUCAGUUUUAGCUGUCAAUGAACCAAAGAAUUCAAUUCUAUUAUGAACCUUUAAAUGUCUGUUUUUCAAAAUCAUAAAAAAGUUAUUUACUUCUUUCAAUCAGUGGAGGCUUGAAUUGAUUGUUGGAGGAUUGUCAGGGAAGGGAGUUAGUACACAUCACUUAUAUUUUUAACCUUUGAACUAAUUGGUGAGUUUGCAAAAGAAUUAUUUUAAAUAAUCCAGAACUUCAGUAGCAUAAGGGCUGUUAUAGACAAUAGUCUGCCCUGCUGCCAACCUCUCCCCUUGACAAACCAAAGAAUGCAUAUUUUAUAGCGUUGACUGCCUUGAUGGCCAUCAUGACCAGGAAUUAAUGGAAUGACUGAAAUUUUGUCAGUCAUAAUUAAGGAAUAAGAUCACUGGGGGACCUUUUGUAAGUCAGGGUUGCCACAGUUGGGAGUACCCAGGAAAUGUCAGAGAAUUUUCCAAAGGCAGUGAAAACUCAAAAAUUUCCGGGGAAAGAAUGAAAGUGUCAGGAAAGAAUUGUUGAAUAGUUUUUGCCCUCUAGGCAGAGUGUGCUGGGCGUUUUGAACAACAAGUGUUGAGUGCUUGGGCUUUUAGAAGUGUAGCGAUUUUUAAGUAUCCCAAAUAUCGCCAAAUGUCAGGGAAUUCUAACAAAAUGUACACAAUAAAUCUGGGAAAUGUCAGGGAAUUUCAGUCUUUAAUUUCUGUGGGAACCAAGGUGUGUGUCUGCUAAUAUUUAGUCUUUAAUAAUGCCUAGCUUAAAAAUGGCACCAUAUUCGGCAAAAAAUUAGGUGUUCAAAUUUUGGGUUGGAUAUUUUUGUCUUGAUUCUUACAAUUCAGACCUGAUUACAGACAUGGAUAAUUGUCAAACCUGGAAAGACAGCAAAAACAAGUACACACAAUUGUUGGGGUAGUAAACUGAUGUUAAUCCUAUUUUAUGAAAUUCUGUUUUUCCGUUCACUUUCUGCGAUUGCAGCGUCUAUUAAAUUUUGACCGUGUCUCAAGCGAUCAAACACUGGUUUCUGCAUUAUAAAUUUUCCGGUAACAUUCAUCAGGACAACAGAUGGUUUCUGGAACACCAAACGGAAUUUCAUGAUCGUCGAUGUACCGACAUGUACAUCAUUCGUAGGUGUUUGCCUGUCAUCCAAGCAGACUUGUGUCUGCUUGGAUGACAAGCAAACACCUACGGAGGAUGUGCAUGUCGGUACAACGACGAUCAUGAAAUUUCGAACCAGAAACCAGUGUUCGAUCGCUUGAGACACGGUCAAAAUUUAAUGGACGCUGCAAUCGCGGAAAGUGAGCAGAAGGGUGUUGAGCUUUUUCAGAGUGUAUUUAUCUGAAACCUAUUCAUUGUAGCAUUUUAUGUUCUUUCUUCUUUUUUUGUGUGAUACUUAGCCCAAGAGUUUAAGGACUUUUAAUUAUAUGAAUUGAUGCUCCUAAUUUUCAUUCACUAUUCCCAGCUUCCUUAUUGUAAACAAUAAGGAAGCCUUAUUAUAAGGCAUUCAGAGCUUUCCCUGCCAAAGUAAUGUUAUCUGAAGAAUGUAUCAUUGAAAUAUUGAUUUAAUAGUGAAACUUGACCUGCUUGUAUCAAAUGGGGACUUUUAAGGGUGGUAGAAUAUGCCUCUAAGGUAUGAAUGUCCCGGGUGAAAAGAAAGAAACAUUUUUGGAAAUUGUGUGUCGUUUUCAAAAAUUAAUCAACUCUCAAGGUCCGUAAUGUGUUCUAUGGUGGGACUUCAGUCUUUUUGCAAUUUUCAAUGGUUUGUUUUUUUAUCCAAAUUUGAUCUGUGUUUAUCUGGUCUUUUUUUUUUACUCUCUGUGCCAUCAGAAAUUGUAAGUUAGUAUCAUAGGGCACUUAAAAAUUCUAUCCACAUUUCUUAAAAGUUUUGUGAUCUUGUCAAACCCCAAAACGGGUGUUUAAGAACACAUCCUUUUAAAAAUUGUAACAUUCCCCAAGUUUAACAUGUAAUUGAAUCGGCUUGUGCAAAAACACUUGAUGUCCAACACAGAGUCUCAGACUUGGCAAGUUGCAAUUUCAUUGUAACUCACAAAUUAAUGUUGAUUGAAGACAUUAAUAAUAACUAUAACAAUACAUCUACUACAGACACCAGUUUGGUUAAUCAGUAUUGUGAGGCAAAUCAAAUUACUACCAUUCUGAGAAUCCUGUUGCUCCCCUCUUUUUUCUUUUUUUUUCUUUCUAGAGCGCAACCUACUGUAAAAAACAACACUCAGACACACAUUAGGAUACUUUAAAUUACUAUUAGUAAAAACUUUAUUGAGAACCUUGUGAUAAAAUGUAAUGUGUUUUGUAUGAGGGCUAUUGAAAACUUGAGUAACUUCACAUUCUAUGUAACCUCUUUGAAUGUGAGUAACAAAAAGAAAAAUUCGAUCCCACAGAAAGAAGCUUGAGUUAUAAUUUCUUUAACUUUUCUCCAUCUCUUUGAUGAAACAUUGAAAACUUUAAAAUAAAAUAUGAGAAAAGUAGAAUAUAAUGUAGUGUGAGCUCAGUGAAUAGAUCGAGUUCACUCUAAUUAUUUUGAUAUUUGACUAUUACAGAAUUGAGGACAUCUUAGUUUCAUAGUUUUUGAAGCCUUUUCAGAUAACCUAAGAGUAUUGGCUGCAAAAAGGUUUGCAUGUCUGGAUUUUCUAAGACAAACAUAGUGAGAUAGAUGUUUGAUGUAUCGAUCUCUUGGAAGUUUUGGGGGAUCAAUAACAAACUCUUCUCUUUAUACUUCGCUGGCAAUUUUUUUGUCAAUGUUAUUAGUGUUCAAUGGCAUUUUGAAAAUCAAACUAUGUAACAUAGUUUCUCCAAAUGCGCAUAUGGAAUGGAAUUGCCAACAUUCAAAUUUUGUGCUUGUUUUGUGACAGCAAUGCUGCCAUAAUUUUAAAACUUUCAUAGAAAUGCUUUUAGUCUGAUGAUGCCAUUUCUGGAUAUAAUGUAAUUAUUCCUCUCUGUUAAGGUGGUUCCGCUCAUAAUUGCAAGGCAGCACCACUAUUACUAUUUGACUGAAAGGAACCCCAUGCUCCACGCAUUUACUGAACUUGUCUCUUUCUCUCUUUAAAGCAAGCAGCAAAUUCAAGAUACUGUAAUCUUAAAACUUUAUUUUCUAACUUAUAUCUGUGCAGUUAAAAUAUAUUCACUGAAUUCAAUUGUUUUUUCAUAUUUUUUAAAGCUUUUAGUACUCGUAGUGCACAUCAAAAGUAUGAAAGUGGGUCAUUAAAGUGCUUAGUCCUGAAUAAGGAAAAUGUAUCAAAUCAAGUAUUGGUAUGUAGAAAGAUUUUUAAUGUGCAUCAAAUCAUAUUCCUAGCAAAAUGAAUGUCGGUUUCACCCGAACUAGUAAGUAAAACUUUCCAGAUCUCAUGUGGUAUUGUCUAAUCUGAUUAACAAGUUUUUUUGUAUAAUCAAAUAAAUUAAUGUAGUUUUUAAGUCUUUUGAAAAUGCCUUUAUUUUAACUUACCUUUAAUUUUGUACCUUGAAAGGUUAGUCGGACAGCGCUAUAUGAAAAAGUACUAUCAAAAAAUGGAGUUCUUAGCAGAUAGUAUUCUUUCAUGGUCCAAUUACUGUGUAAAAUUAAUAAAUUUUAUUAUCUUUUGUUUACCUUGUGUUAAGUUUUUUUUGAAGAAUACAAUAAACCGUACAAGACCUAACUA